AUGUCAUCUUCUUCAAGUAUCAAGAGCAUCAGAAGUAGAAGGAUAGUAAGGAAUGGUGAAGUUGAAUUGUGCAAGUGUAAUGAAGAAGCUCCUAUGUUUACAUCAUGGACUGCAAAGAAUCCUGGUAGAAGAUUUUAUGGAUGUCCAAAUUACAAGGAUGAAAGUAUGAAUUGCAAGUAUUUCAUGUGGAUUGAUGAUGAACUUACAACCCAAAGGUACAAGGAUCUACUCUUCAAUAUGCACCAUGAUAUGAAGGGUAUGGAAGAUGAGAUCAAAGAAUUAAAGUUAAAGUUGAAGAAAAAGCCGUGUUUAGAAUGUGAAGAACGAAGAGUAAAAUAUUUGAAAGUAGAAUGUCCUAAUAAGAAAAAGACAAAAAGGAAUGUAGAAAAUAAACAAAGUACACAACAUUUCAUAAACAGUUUACAAAGGGGAAUGUUAAUCCAAAGUGGAUCAGUUUCUAAAUAA